UGGACUAUUGCCUGAAAUGGAGUUCCCUGAGGAGAAGUACUAUAGACUCAACUACAUUCUAUUGUCAUCGAUUGGACUCUGGCCAUACGAUAAUUGUAGCAUCAAACAAAUUCAAGUCAUACUAUCACUACUGAUAUACAUAUCGUUUUUUGCAGUUCAGUUUAUGAAAUUAUUCGUUCCGGAAUACAGCCUUGAUCUUCUUCUGGAAGUGUUAGCUAUUAAUUUCCUCAUUUUAAUAUGGUUUAUCAAAUAUGUUGCUUUCUCUUCUGUUAUGGAAAAUAUAAAACAAUUACGGAACUGUGUCCGAAGUCAUUGGAGUAUUCUGGUAGACGAUCGAGAGAUUGAUAUAUUACAUAAAUAUGCUAAAAUUGGAAAACAAUCUACAAUAGCUAUAGCAAUAUGCGUCUAUUUUGGAAUUGUCAGUUUCACUUUAGUACAAUAUAUUCCGGAUUUACUUGAUAUCGUAAUGCCUUUAAAUGAGUCUCGUCCACGUAUGCUUCUCCAUCAGACAAAAUAUUUUGCCAAUCAGCAAAAUUAUUUUCAUAUCAUAAUGAUACAUGAGGCUAUUGGGCUACUCCUUAGUGGAACUACUGGAGUAGCUGCUGAAACGUUCUUAUUAGUAAGCUCAUUACAUGCUUUCGGAAUGUUUAAAAUUGCUAGUUACCGUAUGGAACGUAUGUUAAGCAUAGAUGUUUCACAAAUACCUAUAGCUAAAAGCUAUAUUAUAUUCCAUGAUAAAAUAACCGCUGCAGUGGACAUCCAUAGGAGAGCGAUCGAAUUUUCGGACCUAUUAAAAGCAAAGUUUGGACUGUCGUACUUAUUUAUGGCUGUAACGGCUAUAUGUUCGGCAACUGUUAGUCUCUUUCGUCUAUUUCGAAUAAUGACGAUGCAACAGGAAAAGAUGGAAAUUGUUAAAUUACUCUGUUAUGUAGUUUUCCUUUUUCUAUUUUUAAUUGUAGCCAAUUUUGUUGGGCAAGAAUUUAUAAAUCGCGACAGUCAUGUCCAUCGAACAAUAUGCAAUACAAAAUGGUACAAUGCUCCGUUAAAGAUACAAAAGUUUGUACUUUUUUUGAUUAGAAAAACUAUAAAAAGUUAUAAAAUUGAUGCUGCUGGUUUGUUCAGUCCCUCCUUUGAAGGUUUGGCCACGUGCAAAGAGGAGUUGAAAAUUUUACAGGAAUAUUACUACACCGCAAAACUGUUGACUUUUAUAGGAGCAUGCACUCGUACCGAAAUGAGUUGUAUGGCGGAUAGUUAUUACACUAUUAAUCGGAACCUGUUACUAUGUGUCGGCCUAUGGCCAUAUCAAGGAUUUGGUUUCAGGUGUAUUCUAAUAACAUUUAUAACCUUAGUACUUUUAUCCAGCGUAGUAUUUCAGCUAACAACCUUCGUCACGAAAGAAUACAGCAUGGAACUUCUUUUAAAGAUCCUCGCGUAUAGUAUUCCAUGGCUGAGCUAUAUGUUGAAGUAUAAUCUUUUUUGCUUAAAUAUGAAAAAGAUGCGAGGUCUUGUAGAACGAGUGCGUUUCGACUGGAGUGAAUUAAACAAUGCGCGUGAACUUGAAAUAAUAAAACGGUAUUCAGCUAUCGGAAGAUUUAUCACGUUAGUUACGACACUGUUCAUCUAUAUGUCUAUAUUUGGCUUUGUCGUGGUACAGCUAGCAGCAAAUUUUAUUCUGGACUACAUAAUAACGGCCGCAAACGAAUCUCGUCCGCGGCGGCUUCCGGCCGAGGCCGAGUGUUUUGUGGAUCAAGAAAAGUAUUUCACUCUGCUCAUGUCAUAUGUGUUCCUUGUUGUCAUAUGUGGCCUAACCACGGUAAUAGCCAUCGAGACGCUUUUCAUGUCAUACACGCAACACGCAUGUGGAUUAUUCGAAGUAGCCAAUUGUCGCGUAGAACAAGCAUUGCACAAAGGUAUGGCGAGAGAUAUAAUAUCUGUUGCUGAAAAAAACACAAUAAUAUGUCAGGGAAUAGUCAGUGCAGUCGAUGUACACAGGAAAGCAAUUGAGUUUAUCGAAAUGUCGAUAACAAGUUUUAAGUGGGUGUAUUUUAUCACACUACCAAUAACCGUGCUAUCGCUGAGCAUCAAUCUCUAUCGCCUUUCUCGGCUAAUAACGACCGAGGAAUAUCAGGAUACAAUAACAACUCUUCUGUUUGUUCUUGGUCAUUUUUGGUAUCUGUUCUUCUGCAACUAUUUGGGACAGGAGGUGAUCGAUCAUAGCAGUAAUGUCUUUCAUAAAACAUACAACGUACAAUGGUACACGGCUCCGGUGAAAGUGCAAAAGUUAUUGCUGCUUGUAAUGCAAAGAAGUAUGCGACAUUGCACAAUUAUGAUCGGCGGCUUAUUCAUUCCGUCGUUAGAAGGAUUCGCCACGCUUACAAGCAUGUCACUUUCAUAUUUUAUGGUAAUUUAUUCUAUCCAGUGAGCUCGUAAAAUAAAAUUUAUCAUUAGUCGAACACAUAGGUUGUGUCACAAUACAGUAAUUCUGGUAUACCUAUUGCAAAUGUUAA